GAACACCAAAAUUUCAUUCUAGUGCUUUGCUUGGUUCUUCCUUCUCUCUCUUUCUCCAUCUUUUUCAUUCUUCAAUGCUCUCUUUCUCUCUCUAAAAGAACCCAUUUUAUUUCCUUUGCCAAGAAAACCCAUCUACUAAAGGAAGAGAUCAGAUUUAACAAGUGGAUGAUAAAUAAGAUCUGGUGUUAUGUUAAAGCAUUUGGGAAGCGAAGAGGAGGCAAGUAGUAGUAACAGUGGAAGAAGAAUCAAAUGUUCUUAUCCACUGAGAACCCACCACGUCACCCACUUUCCUCUUCUCCUUCUUCAUCCAAUCUCUUAUUACGUCUCAACACUUCUUCCCAUGCGUUAGGUCAAUCCCAUCUCUCCAAUUUCUCCAUCAGAGAUUACGCAUACAGUAACCGGAAGAGCAACAUCAACAACAGCUGGCCGUUUUCUACCAAAAGUCUUCAACUUUGUUCAUCACAUGGAGUGACUGAUCCUUUGCCACCGUUUCAGAAAUUUUCUACACUAACUAACCAGUUUGAGACCAGUGCUAGUUCUUUGUCAGGGAAGCAAAGAGUGUCCCAUGUUCAUCAGACAGUAGCAGAGACUAGUAAAGGAGUUUGCAGCCAAUCAAGGAUCAUCAAGAAUGGUUUGUUUACUAGCAAAAGUGUUUCAAAGUCUAAGGUAGAGAUAGUAGUAGUAGCUGCUAACAAGAGUAAAAAGUGUGGCCGAGGAGGAAUGGUGAAAUCUAGAGAAGAUGGUUGUGGUGGUGGCCUUGUGAUGACGGCUUCUGAAUCAAUCAUGGCGUCUAAAACAUGUCCUAUUUGUAAAACUUUCUCAUCAGCUUCUAACACUACUUUGAAUGCUCACAUUGAUCAGUGUCUGUCUGUGGAUUCAGCAGUGCCACCGGUUAGUAGUAAACCAAGCAAGUCUAGAGUUAAUUCUGUUGAUUCAGUGGUGCCACCGGUUAGUAGUAAGCCAAGCAAGCCUAGAGUUAAGCCACAGGUGAAAGUUAAAACGCUGGUUGAGAUCUACGCUACUGCCAAAGAAUGCACAUUAGAAGAUCUUGAUAAGAGAAAUGGAACACAAUGGGCGUCGGUUUUGAGCUGUACAAACCGGGUUGCUGCUGAUAAAUCUCAAGUGGUGUCUAAGAAGAGGAAAGUUUCUCCUGUUGGCGUUGGUCCUGUUUAUAUUGAUGCCAAGGGCCAAAAACUGCGGAUUCUAACAGAGUUCAGCGAGAAGAAGACUUCUACUACUACGUUGAGAGAGCAGCAGGAGGAUGGUAGUAGUGAAAAGAGAAGUUUAAGCCAAGGUAGUAAAGAAAACAGUAAAAGCUUGAGGAAGAGAGGUCGAGGAAAGAAACAUCUUAAGUACAUUAAACAAACCAAUCACAAAGCCAAUGCUCCAGAGAAGGUACCGGAGUAUCAAAGAGAGUUUUCUGGAGAAGGUAGCAGCAAGGGUCCUCGUAGAAUCUAUAAUCAGCGGAUGUUAGCCAAACGUGGUCUGAGUUCAAAGAAGCUAAAUGCUUUGCGGGACCUUCCAUCUGAGGAUGAUGAUGAUGAAUGGUCAGGAGAAGAUCGUCUUGUGUUGAGAGGUGCAGAUUUGUCUGCCACUGGUUCUACUCCUUUAAAGAAACAGAAGCUGCGGAGCCAAGUCUCUGGAAGGAGCAAGACUAUGUUUGAGAGUAAAAGAGCUCACAGUUAUUCAGUUAGAGUUAAGAUAAGUGAAAAAGAAAAAAGGUCACUUGCAGGAGCUCAUUUGAACACUGUUCACUCAAAGAAGAGCCUUGCUUCGGUUCAAGAAGAUAAGUAUCCACCUGGAAAGAGCCUCAGAGAGGUUGCAGAUGUGUCUCCUCGUGCAGCUAGCAUGAGAAACUUAACCCCACCAUCUGUAGCAGAUGGCUGGAGACUAUUAUCACCGCAUGUGGAGCUAAAGAGAGCUCGGUUGGAUUGUUCAGAGGAAGAAGAUGAAGAAGAAGCUGGGAGAUGGGAAUCUGAAAUGACACAAGAACGUCAACUAUCAGAUGAUGAUUAUGUUUCUGGUGACAAUAGAGAAAUAAAUGAGGUCUUACGAAGAUCAAGUCCUUCAUUCAGUGCUUACUAUGAUUAUGAAGAUGAUGAUGAUGAUGACGAAGAAACUAGUGAAGAGGAGGAGGAAGGUUAUACCAAAAGAGCCAAUGUGUUGGACACUCCACCAUCUAAUGAAAUCAUACCUAGUGAGAGAGCAAUGUAUUACUCUGAAGAAGUUGGGAAUAUGAUUUACGAGCAAACCGCUUGUGAAGAGGAUGUGAGGUUUGGCUCUGAGGUGAGAGGAAAAGGAAGCUUAUUUGUAGAGGUUGAUACCAUUCCCAUUCCAGGCCCUCCAGGUUCAUUUCUACCGAGUCCUCGGGGUAUGGGGUUUGAUGAGAAUCUUGGAAACUCGUCUGUUAUUACAAGCCAGUUCCAAUCAUCUAUGGACCAGCUUGACAGAAACUCAUCUGAAUCACCUGUUUCUGCGGUUUCAAACUUUGCAGCUGGUAGAUUGAAUUUUCCUGCAGAGUUAUCUUCUUCUUUGGACAUUCCUUUGUCCUACUCGACAACUCCAUUGAGCUUUUGUGUUCCAUCUCAUCAUGGGACUAUCCCUGAGGCUGAGCCGAUGACUGUUGACAAGACAAACAUUGAUCAUGAGUCCUGUUGUUGCCAAAGAAAAGAGAGAAUCUCCUUGAAUCAUCAAGCGUCUCAUCUACUGCAGAGACGAGCCGCUUCUUCUUCAGUAGCCAUGAACUUAACCAAAUAUCCUACAGGUUUGGAUCCAAAUCAACCGUUUGAGCAGUCACCAUACAUGAUCCAGCAAGAGUUUGAUACUCAUAGUAAAUUCUCCAACAGAGCUGUUGUGCCUCCAAGUCCUUCCAACUCGGUUUUGCGGUUAAUGGGAAAAGACUUGAUGGUCAUGAACCAAGGAGAAGCAGACAAUAUAGAAGCAUCUCGGAUUAGCUUAAAACCAACCCCACAGUAUCAUGAUCACCAACCUUGUGCUGGAACAGGCUUAUACUUCAACACAGGUCUGCAUUUAAGAAACAGUUUCGAGUCAUCAUCACAUCAGCAACCGCAGACACAAGAAUCACAGCAACAAACACAAGCUUCACCAUUCAGAAACAAUUUUGAUCAUCUAAGGUACUUUCCUCCGAGCUAGCCAACGUAAAGUUUGUGGAGCUUUAUGCAGUUUAAGAAGAAACCGAGAAGUGUGUUCUACGGCAUUUUCCAUGCUUCAUCUCUUUCUGCAGAUACUGUUGUGUAGUUACUGUUUACAUAAGAAAAGAAAAAGCAAACACUUAAUAACAACUAUUCUGUAGAAGACAAGUAACUUUACUUACGCCUUUCAUUUGCCAUCAAAGUUGUCUACAAGCUCAAAACGUUAUAAUACUCUUUUACGUGGUCAGACCAAGUCGCCCAUACGUUCAUAAUUUCUCUAGAAAAAAUACAAAAGGAGAUGAUGAGAAGUUAGA